GUUGUGUUUCCUGAGCAAAAGCCAAGCUCUGCUGCUCACAGCUCAUCCAGCCACCAUGAAGAUCACGGGGGUGCUGCUUCUGCUCUCUCUGGCCCUGUUCUUCAUCUCAGUUCCAGCUACUGAUGUGCUGCAGGCUGCACCCAUCUACUGCAGGAACCAGAGGGCUCUCAGGAAUAUGUGUACCAUGGAGUAUGUCCCUCACUGUGGCUCUGAUGGUGUCACCUACCCCAACAAAUGCAUGUUCUGCAAUGCCUUCCUGAGAAGCCGUGGAGUUCUUGGUUUGAGGUCUCUUGAUGCAUGUUAAGUUCUUGACUGGAUUCAGCUGAGAAAGAACAGCCCUCCCUGGCAAUGCUCCCCAUGUUCCUAAACCCUUGACCUGACCCUUGAAAACCUCUUAUCAAUCGUGAAACCUCUGAUAAUAAAAAAAAGACCCAGCAUUUA